AUGAACUCAUUAAUACUAAUCAUUGUUUUAGGCAAAUCUUUUACCUGUAAUUUGAAUUGUUCAUUCAAUAAACCAACUAAUUUUUGUCCCUAUUCAACUCCUAAACUCACUAUUAAUACAUUUAUGGAAAUGAUGGAUACAAAAUCCAUCUCUUCUGACAAUACAAUCUCUUCCCAAGCUAUCUCACCAACCUCCACAACUCAAAAUCCCUUCCAUAACAUUACAUUAAAUGUUACACUUAAUGUUGCACAUGCUGUAUCAAAUGUUCCACUUAAUCUAGAUACACAGAUGAUCUUAUCACCGAUGCAAACACCAAUACUAAUGAACAAGAUUCAUCUGAUAUAG